AUGGGCAUACAUUGGUGGCAUCCUAUUGUUAUAUUGCAACGAUCUUUUGUACCAAAUUUAAGAAGAACUCACUUGCAUUUCAUUUUCACCAAAGUUUGUGUAUUCAGUCGCUACAGCAAAGUACUUCAACCCUCCAGAACUAGACAUACAUUAAUGCCGAACUACAUACAAGCCGAAAUAUAG